AUGGUUCUGAUCUGGACUCAGUUUGGCGUUAAACACAAGAACGUGAAGUGCAAAGUGCGAGUGAUGCACAGCGACGAGAGCUGGUCCUCUGAGGAAGCCCGAGAGGAACCAGAGGUCCCCAGUCCUCCCUUGUCUCCUAAGUGUGUAGACUACUAUGCAGUUCUGGGUGUUUCCAAUGACUCUAAUGAGGAGGAGAUCAGACGGGCAUACAAGCGUCUGGCGCUGCGUUAUCACCCAGACAAAAACCCAGACGCAGACGCAGAGGAGAAAUUCAAAGUGAUUGCACAGGCUUAUGAUGUCCUUACAGACCCUCAGAAACGCAGCGCAUACGACCAGCAAGGUACGGCUAAAGGAGGUGUGGCCUCUACAGGCAGUAAAGGAGACUCCUCCCACAGCUCAUCCAAAGCCGAAAGCCACUCCUGGCGAGUUUUCUUCAACUUCGAAUUUGACUCAGAUGAUGACCUCUUCAACCCUUUCCUCCGCACGCCACUCCCCAAUCUGAGCCGUCACCACGGCCCUGGGGCAGGGCGUGUCCCAGCCGGCGCGGCCGAAGUACAUGAGUUCCACGUCACAUUAGAGGAGGUCUUCGCGGGUGUGACCAAACAAGUCAAAGUGACACGCAUGCGACCGGGACCUGACAAACACACACUUCGGCCAGAGGAACGCGUGAUCACUCUGGAGGUGAAGAAAGGAUGGAAGGAAGGAACACGGAUCACCUUCCCAAGGGAGGGGCAUCAGGUGCCUGGCCACGCCCCCAAUGACCUCGCCUUUGUCCUCAAAGAGAAGAAACACGCUCACUUCAGACGACAAGGGUCCAACCUCAUUUACACUGCCACAAUUACACUACGGGAGGCUCUUUGUGGAUGCACAGUAAAUGUCCCCACCAUUGACGGACAGACGAAACCCCUUCCCUGCAGCGAUGUCAUAAAGCCAGGCUCGGUGCGCAGCCUCAGGGGGGAGGGGCUUCCUCGAGCAAAAUGUGCCACACAGCGAGGUGACCUCUUGGUGGAGUUUCAAGUGAUCUUCCCUGACAGGAUUCCUGCUCCAAGCAAAGAGAUCAUCAAACACAGCCUUGGACAGUGUUAA